AUGUUCUACCAAUGCUUUCAUGGAGACCUAGUUGAACAUAAGUGUGCACACGAUCUCUACUUCAGUGUAGAGAAACAACAGUGUGACUAUCAGUAUAAUGUUGAUUGUAGCGAUAGACAUAUUCCUGAACCGGAAGACGGUGAUACUGGCUCUAAUUGUGAUCCUUCAGAAGCUCCAAAAAUAUGUGAGCGUGACCAUUCAGAUGGUGUCCUUAUUGCACAUGAGAAAUGUAACGCCUAUUAUAAAUGUGAGAAUGGGAAACCUCUAACAGUGUAUUGUCCUUCAAACCAACUAUACAAUCAAUAUACAGAGCAAUGCGAUUGGGCGGAAAAAGUUAGUUGUGGUAAUAGGCAAGUGCCCGAUAAAGAGAGCGAUACUAAUUGUAACUGCAAACCCGGUGAAGCUCCAUCAAUCUGCGCUAAAGAAGGCUCGGAUGGAGUAUUGAUUGCGCAUAAAAAUGGCGGAAACGACAAUGGUGGAAAUGACAAUAAUGACAACGGGAGCUGCAAUUGCAAUCCCAGUGAAGCCCCAUCUAUAUGCCAGAGAAUUGGUUCGGAGGGUGUCUUGAUUGCUCACGAAAUCUGUAAUCAAUUUUACACAUGCGAUCAUGGUGUACCAGUUACUCAGAUAUGUCCUGAAUCACUUUUAUACAAUCCUCACAAAGAAUAUUGUGACUGGCCACACAACGUCAAAUGUGGAGAUAGAGUGAUUCCACAUUAA